AUGUGCAACCCUCCCGACAUGAACCAACGGCUGGCUAUCCUCGGGCUGUCCCCUGUUGUCUCCAUUGACGAUGCCGUGCCGAUUCUAUCCACCUUGCUCUCUCUAGCAUUUUUACACGCGAUGUUACCAGUCGACGAAAAUUUGGUGUCCGACGGCGCAUGUAGACAGCUGCUCACCCAACGACCAGGCCUAUUCGAGUUGCUCAAGACCGUUCAUACCGACACUAAACAAGAUUAUUCAAGGGUUACUGAUUCUCCACUGUUUCCAUCGCUGGUGUCUGCAGCCGCCAAGUCUAGGUUGCAUGGGAUGCGAGCGUAUAUUCACGAAGCUGCUCAAAAUGACGAUCUCUUUCCACGGUGGAUACCCAACCCAGACAUGUAUUCUGGCCCUAUUCUCCAAGACGACGCCAGGUUCCAACACCAUUUCGACACACUCCAUUUGCGCAAAUUUUCUGAAGGAAGCUCCGACUUUCGGAUCAUUCUACAUGAUCUUGGAAGAUUCAUUCGAGAUCCCGUACUCAGCGUAAGGCUUGAGCGCACCUUUUCUCCGACAGACAAGUUGCUUCUCAAUGCACCAGGUACAGGAAAGACACGGUUGUGUUACGAAGGCCUCUGCUCCAAUUGGGGGUUCUACUUCACAUUCGAAGUCAACGAUAGCAGGCUCGGGAGCACCGACCUCCAGCUUGCUUUCCGAGCAUAUUAUGAUGCUUUUGACCCGGAAAUCGACGAAAAUAUCAGACUCCGUCCUUUCCAUGUGGUAUUGCUGACCCGGUUACUCGCCUUCCAAUCAUUUCUCGAAGCCAUUGACGCAAGUGAAACUCUGACCGAUAGACACAAAAUCCGAUGGCUUGAAAUUCAACUCGCCCCGUACUUUGAAGCAGAUAUUUAUGCUUCACUAGCAAGCAGCUUACUUCAAAAUGACGGAAGCAAUAUCAAGGUUCACAUUGCUGAUGCGCUUCGCAAAGUACGGAACGCCAUUGGCAUCGAUGCUGCACUUUUCAUAGUGCUAGAUGAUGCUCAGCUAGCGACAGUAUUUGACAUACGGGAGGAGAAGCCACUGCUCCAAGACAUCGUUCUCUCCUGGAAAGCUUUAACCCAGGGUUCUUUUACAUUUCUUUGCGCCGGCACACCAGUACCACAAUCUACUCUCGCUCGGGACCUAGGAUUCCAUCAAACCACGGAAACAGGUGGCUUCGAUGAUCCAGACACGCAUGAGGCCUACAUCCGACAGUUCCUGCCGCCCAUGCUCCGGGACUCGCCUUCGGGUCGAUUUCUUGUGGCCCGACUGUGGCGAUGGUGUCGAGGCAGAUAUCGUAUAACCGACACGUUUAUUUCGAUCCUGCUCUUCGAAGGUCUAGGCUGCCCACAUGCCUGCCUUACCCACUUCAUCAGGAAGAGUACCGGGCUUAAGCCGCUGGAUGCAGUCAAGGUCGUCUAUGAAGAGGCCUUGGCCCAAGACUUUCUCUGGGUGUUUCCGAAAUACAAAACAUUCGAUUUUUCCGAGAUCUCCCCAGACCACAAAGAUCUCAUCGUCGGUAUCCUCUAUAAAUAUAUGGCUACUCGCCAAUGCCAUCAUUUCAACACUGGCGAGCACCUGGGUCUCGUCACUGAAGGCUAUGUGCGUUUUCAAGACGCUAGCCUCUCGCAAAUUAUAUUCAACGAGCCCCUUUUUCUGGUCGAUGCUGCUCGCCAACUUUUUCCUUUCCCUGUGCGCUCGGAGCGUGGUCAACCACAUCGUUAUCCCUCCACUUUCAUCGGCAGUCUCCGCCUUAAUCCUCCUCGAACAAGACAGAGUCUAGCUUAUUGCCUCGCUUUCUACCUGACGCAAAUAUUUAGUGAGCCGCGGUCGCUCCCUGAUACUUUCAGCUUCCCGCAUGUUGUUCCUGCAUGGGCCCGUCAAACAGGCCAACUUGUUCGAUUAUUUUUGGACGAGAAGAGCAAUCUGCAUCACGAGGUGGUUCUCCCCGAGGCCUACGAGUCAUUGACGCCACUUGCUACCACAACAACAACACUAGACGAAACUACCCGAUGGAUCAACCACGAAUACGGUACCACAUUUUGUAUACCUUCGUCACCAAACAUCGACUUACUCUACGCACUUCGACUUGCUGACAAAUCAUUCAUCUGGGUCGCUGUCCGUGUUUUCGCGACGGAUGAGCCAGUCAUGGAUUGCGACCUCAGGCCCGCUAUCUCGCUGUUGGAUAUCGACAGCCUUUUCGUGGAGACUUCUGCGGAUGCGUUGGCGUCAAGGCGUGCUGCAGAUGGGUUGCGAUCAUUUCCUGGUGUUCGACAACGACCAUGUGUUCUUCGCGCAAUAUCCAGCUUUCCCGUCGAAGUAGACCUUCGAACCAGUGUGGAUAAGCGUUCUCGCGACGUUGUCAAGUUAAGUCUUACGAAGUUGAGGCGGCAAGAGCAUCAAGUAAUGCAAGAAGAGUUCUUUGGUGCCAUUGUCAACGGUGUCAUCGCUAAAGUCGAGGUGGGAUGA